AUGUCUUCACACGAUCCUCCGCGCUACGAUGAUUCCGAGGAUGAGGAAGAUUUCAACCCUGCGCCGGCCGAUAUAUCCGAUGAUGAGCAAGAUGGCGAUGCUCGGCAAGUGAAGUCGAGAGCGCGCGAUAGCAGCCCUGCACCUCGCGAUGAUGACGAUGACGAGGAUGAGCGACCACCCAAGUCGCGACACGCCGAUGACGAAGAGGAGGAGGAGGAGGAAGAGGAAGAGGAAGAUGCUGGUAAGCGUCGCGACGACGACGACGAUGAUGAGGACGAUGAAGAGGAUGAAGAUGACGAAGACGACGUGCAACAGGGCCAUCGCAGAAAGCGCAGAAAGGAGCGAGGCGCCAAUUUCUUCGAUAUCGAAGCCGAAGUCGACGAUGAAGACGAAGGCGAGGACGACGAGAUGCUAGGAGAGGAGAUAGGCGACUUCAUUACCAACGAUCACCCCGACGACAUCGCAGAGACCGGUAUUGAUGAUGACCGACGACAUCGCGAGCUCGAUCGCCGUCGCGAUAUGGAUUCUAGCAUGGACGCCGAGAAACAGGCAGAAAUUCUGCGACAGCGAUACGGUAAUCGACGAUCUGGCAAGGGCUUCAGAGAUGCAUCUGUUGUCCCCAAGCGCCUCCUCAUUCCUACAGUGGACGACCCCAGCAUCUGGGCCGUUCGAUGUAAAGAGGGCAAGGAGCGAGAGGUUGUUUUUUCCAUCAUGAAGCGCAUUGAAGAGCGAGUCGGCACCAAGGACGAAGUCGCCAUCACUGCUGCGUUCGAACGUGGAGGCACCGACUCUGUCAUGAAGGGAUUCGUAUACGUCGAGGCCCGACGUCAAACCGACAUUCAAAAAGGACUGGACAGUAUGCUUAAUGUGUAUCCUCACUCCAAGAUGAUUCUGGUUGAUAUCAAGGAUAUGCCCGAGCUUUUCCGCGUUAGCAAGACACCGACACUCGAGCCUGGUGCCUGGGUUCGUCUCCGAAGGCCUAUGAAGCACAACGGCGAUCUUGCUCAGGUUAUCGAUGUUACGGAGAACGGUCUUGAGGCUCGCGUUCGUUUCAUUCCCAGACUCGAUUACGGUAUGCGAGAUGAUGCAUUCUCCUCAGUCACCGCCGACGGCAAACGCAAGCGACCUUUUGGUAACCCUGGUGGUCCGAAGCCACCCCAGAGACUUUUCAGCGAGGUUGAAGCCCGAAAGCGUCAUCCCCGACACAUCCAAGGAAAUUCUACCACCGGUACAUGGACAUACAUGGGUGAUGAGUUUGAGAAUGGCUUCCAAGUCAAGGAUAUCAAGAUCCAACAGCUCACUACAACCGACGUCAACCCCUCACUUGAGGAAGUUACCCGGUUUGCUUCAGGUGCUGAUGAUGGAACUGAGAAUCUUGACUUGAAGGCGCUCGCCCACAGUCUCAAGGACAGCAACGCCUUGGCUACCUACCUUCCUGGUGAUGUCGUCGAAGUCUACACUGGCGAGCAGAAGGGUGUUGUUGGAAAGGCUAUGCGAGUUCACUCUGAUGUUGUCUCAAUCAAUGUUACUGAGGGUGAUCUUGUGGGCCAGGAGAUUGAUGUUCCUAUCAGAGCUCUCCGUAAGCGUUUCAAGGUUGGUGAUCACGUCAAGGUCAUUGGUGGUAGUAAGUUCCGAGAUGAGGUUGGAAUGGUUGUCAACAUCAAGGAUGACCAAGUCACCCUGUUGACAGAUCAAACCAACUCGGAGGUUACUGUGUUUAGCAAAGAUUUGCGUGAAGCAAGUGAUAUUGGUGGUCAAGGAUCGCUGGGACAGUACUCGCUACACGACCUUGUGCAGCUAGAUCCAACAACUGUUGGCUGUGUUGUCAAGGUUGAUCGCGAGUCACUUGUUGUUCUUGACCAGUUUGGCGACACUCGCCAGGUUACACCAUCACAGAUUGCCAACAAGCUGCCCAAGCGAAAGACGGCUGUCGCCGCUGACCGACAUGGCUCUGAGAUUCGACUUGAGGAUGUUGUCAAGGAGUACACAGGCCAGCAGCGCCAGGGCAAGAUUAUCCACAUCCAUCGAUCAUAUGUCUUCUUGCACACCAACGACACGAACGAGAAUGCCGGUGUCUUUGUCACCAAGGCUGGCAUGGUCAACACUAUCGCCGCCAAGGGAGGCCGAGUUAGUGCUGCCACGUCGACUGGUCCAGAUUUGACGGCAAUGAACCCGGCACUCAAGCUUCACAAGAACGGCAGUGAGAACAAGCCGGUGCAGCCACCCAAAUCCUUUGGCCGGGAUAAGGCAAUUGAACAGACUGUUAUUAUCAGGAAGGGAGCCUACAAAGGUCUUUUGGGUAUUGUCAAAGACACAACAGAUACACAUGCUCGUGUCGAGCUUCACACAAAGAGCAAGACGAUCACGGUGCCUAAAGACAGCCUCAGCUUCAAGAACAAGAUGACUGGAGCCACCAUUGACAUCGCCAGUCGAGGCGGUCGCGGUGGAUUUGGUGGAGGUGCCGGACGAGGAGGUGGUGAUCGCGUGCCAGGAUGGCAGGGCGGCUCUCGCACACCCAUGGCAGGUGGUAAUUCAGACCGAGUCCCUGCUUGGGGAUCACGAACACCUGCUGCAAGUGGACGAACUCCUGCCUGGAAGGCUCAGGAUAUGUCUGGUGCUCGAACUCCCGCAUGGGCAGAUGGCUCACGAACUGUCAACCCCUACGACGGUAGCCGUACUGCGUAUGGUUCGGGUGGACGCACGCCUGCUUGGCAGGCUGGUGGAAGGACUCCUGCCCCUGGCGAUGCCUUUGGUGCUGGAUCACGCACACCUGCGUACGGUGGAGGAGAUAGCUGGGGUUCGGGUUCCAAGACUCCUGCUUGGGGAGUGUCUGCGCCCACGCCUGGAGCUAGUGGCAACGACUCAUGGGGAUACGCGCCUGGAGCUUCGAACUCGAGCUCAUACGACGCUCCUACGCCCGGCGCUGCACUUGGUGCCCCAACUCCUGGUGCAAUGACAGCUCCUACCCCUGGUGCUUAUUCUGCACCUACUCCUGCUGCCAUCAGCGCGCCUACGCCUGGAGGCUGGCAAGGUGGAUGGGGAGCAGACUCGGCCCCUACUCCAGCUGCUGGAGCUCCUACACCUGGCUAUUACAGUGCACCUACACCUGCAGCCUACGCCGCACCAGAGACCCCUGCGGCUACUGGUCCCCGAUACACUGAUGACGAUUAG